UUGUGGGGCCACUAAUACCAUUGGCCUGAGUGAUGUGUCUUAAAAUCUUUAAUAUUCAAACCAUGUCGUGCUACCCCAAACCUGCCAGUCGGAAAUUUCUUCUGCUGAGAUAAAAUCAGUCCACCUGUUUGACUUCCUGUUCAGAUCUUCUUCUCUCUUUUGACUGGUUUCAGAGCAUCUUCUUCAUUCAUGGCUGAAGAUCACAACAUGUUCUCCAGUGGAGAGGACUACUACAAUGAGAGCUAUCCCUUCGACUGUUGCUUGUCCCAGCCAUGCGAUCUGAUCCCCUACCAGGAGUUUUCCAAGCAGUUUCUGCCUCCGUUCUACUCCCUAAUUUUUCUCAUGGGUCUCGGAGGCAACCUGAUGGUCAUCGCCGUCUUGCUCCUGGACCGAGCCCCCUUACUCGGGACCGACGUCUUCGUCUUCAACCUGGCCAUCGCGGACAUUCUCCUGGUAGUCACGCUCCCCUUCUGGGCUAUCCAGGCCAUUCAUGGUUGGGUCUUCAAGGACUUUCUCUGCAAGGUCGUCGGCAGCAUGCUCAAGAUCAACUUCUACGCCAGCGCCCUCUUCCUCAUAUGCAUCAGUUUCGAGCGGUACCUCUCCAUCGUCUACGUCAUCCGGAUGUACAACAGGAAGAAGCGUUUCAUCAUCUACACCACCUUGUUGGUUUGGUUUGUCUGUUUCCUGAUGACAGUGCCCGACUUCGUGUACCUGACGGCUGAGUUUGACAGUCGCCUCAAUGGCACUUCCUGUGGUCUCGCCUUCCCUUAUCACAGUACCAAGAUGUGGAAAAUCGCCCUCAUCAUCAUCAACCAAGUGGUGGCUUUCUUGCUCCCUCUGGUGGCCAUGAUCUACUGCUACUUCCACAUCAUCCUCACCCUCCUGCACUCCAAGGGCUUCCGAAGACACAGGGCCCUCAAGGUGAUCUUGGCCGUGGUGGUAGCCUUCUUCCUGUGCUGGUCGCCCUACCACCUGGUGCAGUUCAUCAGCACAUUGCUCCAGCUGCAGCUCCUGGAGAAGGAUUGCCAGUGGGAGGAUAAUCUGGACAUCGCCGACGUCGUCACCACCAGUUUGGGUUUCUUUCAUUGUUGCCUCAACCCGUUGCUCUAUGCCUUCGUCGGGCUCAAGUUUAGGAACAAGCUCCUGAUGGUGCUGAGGCGAUUUGGUUGCAUCAAUCAGAACUUCUGGAACAUGCAUUUCAGGGCGUCUGGUCAAUCGAGAGAUUCCAGUUGGUCCGAAAGCACAGACUGCUCCAACACCAUCUUCUAGAAUAUUCUGUGGCCAUAAGAGCGCCAUUGCUAUCCCAGAAUUCUCCUCUUGGCUCCUCUGCCAGCAGAGGGAAACUGGCACUCCAUUGGUACACGCUAGUCCUCGACUUAACAAGUAUUUUUUGGGGGGGACCCAUUCGAAGUUACAACAGCGCUGGAAAAAAAAAAGGGGACUUAUGACUGGUCCUCGUAGUUAAAGACUGUUGCACCAUCCCGACAGUCGUGUGAUUAAAAUUCGGGCUCUUGGCAACUGGCAUGUCAUAUGAUCACCGUUUGUGACCUUCCCAGUUGGUUUCCAACAUGCAAAUCCAAUGUGGGGGAAGCUGGAUUUGCUUAACAACAACACGAUCCACUUAAUGAUUCGCUUA